AUGACUACUGGAUCCCUCGCUGAUGGCAAACAGCUUCAAGUCCACGCUCGCAAGUGCACGACAGUUGACGAGCUGCGCAUUAUUGCGACCAAUCCGAUUGAGGACCCAGUUCGAGCCAUAUGCGCCUUUAUGGCAAAGCACCAUUUGCACGAGGAGUGCACCUUCGAUGACUGCAGCAGAGAUGAGUUUGUGCAAUCUAGCAAAGGACUUCAAGGUUUGAUGCAUGGGCAAUCCGGAUCUGCACGAAACAUGUAA